UGACACAUUCCAUGGGCAAUUACAGAUAAGCUAUUCCCUAAAUGGCACCUCGCCAUCGGGGGCGGGCUCAAGUCGUAUUAGUCACACCCCUGGCGGACGAGAUAAAACAUCGACAAACGCAAAUCUUCACAACACACCGCGACGUCUUCACGAGUCAUCCAGACAAUCGAUAAACCCUCUCUCAGCUACGGCUUUCUUACAAACAAAGAACCCGAAAGCCGCGCACUCAACCAUGGCCUCCACACAAAACCUACCCGUCCCCAUCCUCGCUCUCCAAAAGAGCAUCGUAAGGCCCUACCACCCCGCCGACGCCCCGUCCAUCUCCAAGGCCGCCAACUCCAAAGCCGUGUCCGCCUUCCUGCGCGACUCGUUCCCGCGCCCCUACACCCUCGCCGACGCCGAGUCCUGGAUCUCGCUGAACCAGACCCCGCCGAUCCGCAACUGGGCCAUCGCGUGCCCGGCCACCGGCGCCGUCAUGGGCAGCAUCGGCCUCGUCCCCGGCAGGGACGUCUACUCGAGGGGCUACGAGCUGGGGUACUGGCUCGGGGAGGAGUUUUGGGGCCGGGGCGUCAUGGCGGAGCUGGUGCCGGCGUUCGCGAGGUGGGUCUUGGACGGCAUGGGCGGCGCGGGGGAGAACGGGGAGGAGGAGAAGGAGGAGGUCGAGAGGCUCUGGGCCGGCGUGUUUUCGGAGAACGCUGCGAGCCGGAGGCUGUUGGAGAAGAGCGGGUUCGUGUUCGAGGGCCGGCUGAGGAGGGCGGUCGUCAGGGACGGCGUGGUCAUGGACGAGCUGGUCUACUCGCUCAUCAGGGCCGAUCUGUCGACGUGAUCGAUGCGCUUGUGCUUCGAUUUUGGGGCGAAAGUUUGGAAGCCAUACCUGAAACCAAUACCGAUAAGGGCUGUAGCAUUAGUUGUUCAUUUUCGCAACCACCGGCUACACACAUCACGUUGAGUAACGAGGUUCGACUCAGGGCUGUUUUUGUUCUUAUCCGACUUUUACCCCCACCAUUGUCGAUGUAAGACUACCAGCAUGAUUUGUCAACACGCUCUGAAAGCAUUUUGACGGAGGACCCGGCCAAAAAUCUCCAAAGACUUUCGCUUCUCAUCAACUGGAAACACGCGAUGGCAGUAGCAGUAGACUGGGCCGUGGAACAUGCCAUCCCCUUGUUUUUAGAAGAAUCGCAUGCGUUAUCAAGCGAGCGGUAUAUUAUCAUGGGCAACACGCAUUGGGCUACAAAUGAGGUUGUCACACAGAGCGCCAAUGACUAUUACUACACCAUGAAUGCUACCUUAGAGGACAUUGUGGAAGCCAAAGGAAGCAUUAGAACGGAAAGCCCGGCUGUCUCUUCGAUCGGUAUACCUCCGAUGCCAUUCAAUCCCCAGGGUGGUGGCAAGGAAUAGAACGAACGAGCCCCAGGGACAGCUGUGUCUGAUCAGGCAACCUUCUUACGCAGUAUUAAGAAGCUCUCACCCGAGGCUACCGAAAGUUUUUGGUCUAAUACUACCUCGUCGCCUCCAAGGUCCAAACCAUUUCGAUCAUUUGACUCUGUCAUCCCUGGCUCUGGAGGCGGGGAACGACAAUAUCAAAGUCUGGCCAAGUCAUUCAAUCACCGAUAAUUGUCCCGCGUACGACUCUAUUGCCGAAAAGUAAGGGCGGGCCGGCCACUACUUCCAGCAUCUAGUUUUCGUCUGCCCCUGUCUGACAUACCGAGACGCUGUCCAAUCAGCCGGGAUCGUUCCGGGGCUAGUCGUUGGUUUUGUUGAAUGUAUGGUUUUCUUACACAUCAAUUGCCCAACGGAAGACUGUCUUUCUGCGAUAAACACCUGUUAUAUCUUUAGUCCUCUGAUACUAGCGGAUGUUCACAGCUUUACAGUAAGCUAUUGCCGCUUUC